AUGUCCUUCGGCACGGAGUCGCAGAGCGAGUCUCAAUACCUCUCCUCAUCUCAAUCCUCGCUACCAAACUCCAAGAAAGCAUCACAGGAGAUCUCGAAGACCCUUCAGAGCGUCAUCAAAGCACCCAUACUACAACAAAAUGGGCACACUGCUGGUCACGAUGACGAGCCCGUGCUUGCGCCCAUAGCCACGGCUACCACGUCUCAGCGCAUCAAGACAUGGAGCUUGUUCGCUGCGCUGCUGAAUGCUGCCAUUGAUCUAGGCUCCGACGAAGGCCAACGCGAGUUUGGGCAGAAGCGAUACCGGGAGAUACUCAAGCUUGUGCAGAACGGCGACGUGUGGGAGCAGGUGGUUCGUGACGGCUACCGGGGCAGAGAAGACUCGGUCGACGCAGAAGUCGUGUACAACCUGUCAACGCUGCUGCUGGGCAAGGCACAAGAUCAGACAGUCAACCAAACGCGACUAGAGACCUACCUCUCCUCAUCGUCUCACUCGCUCGAUUUCUCAGGAGUCGAUGCCUCCUUACGAAACGGCCACCGAACGCCCAUGAACGGGACUAGCACGCCGAAAGACCUCUCCUCGAGAGUCAAGAUCAUCGAACUCUUUACCCUCCACGUCCUACCAGCCAAUAAUGAAUGGGACUACGCCCGCAGCUUUGUUUCGAACAGCGACAUACUUGAUGAAGAUGCACGGGAAGCAUUCCUCCAGACUUUGAGCGAACUGCAAGCAGUGAAAGAACAGGAGGAGGUUCUCGAAGAUACAACGGAUUACGGCACAGAAGAUGAGGACUACUCAACGCCACAAGAAGAGGAGUCACCAUCAAAGACGCCUCAACACCGAGGCCACCAGAGAUCGAAUAGCGAGGUUGACUAUGGCAUCGAACCGCACCACCCGAACGGCAUAAAAGCAGAUGUCGAACCUCAUAAGGCGACAGCUGCGCCACCAAUGACAACAAUACCACCAAAGCCUGAGCCAUCGUCAUCAGCAGCCAGGCCUCAACCCACACCGACCCGCGCGUCACAACUCUCACCACCCUCUCAAACACCCCGCAGAACACCCGGCGGACAAUCAAGACGCUCAAAAGCUCAAGCAUCAAACUCCCUGACCGCACAAGCACGGCAGCUCUUCACCGCACUCUCCAAUCUCACGCGCAACCUCAGCGGCGCCUUGAUCGGCAACUCGUCCGCUGUGUUCCGGCUUCUGCUGUUCUUGGUCGCCUUUAUGAUGGCAUACUCUCGCCGGGACGUGCGCGAGCGCGUGCAGGCCGUGUUGGGCAAGAGCUGGGACAAGAUGCGGCGGACGGUAGGGAUGGGUGUUAAGGUUAGCUACAUUUGA